AUGAACGACGACGAGCCCACCUCCCAGAUCACGGAGUGCGGCAGCUUUGACGUGCUGCGGGACGACCUGGCUCACCCCUACGUCAAUGGGAACAAGCUGAGGAAGCUGGACGCGGUGUGGCCCGCACUGCUGGCCGGCCCCGCCCGGCACGUGGUCACCUGCGGCGGCGCGCAGAGCGCGCACCUCGUGGCAGUGGCCGCGCUGGCGGCCGGCACGCGCGGCGCGCUGGCCUCGCACCUGCUUGUCCGCGGCGAGGCGCCCGCCGCGCCCACGGGCCACGCGCUGUACAUGCGCUUGCUGGGCGGGAACGUGAGGUACGUCCCGCGGCGCGAGUAUGCGGCGCGGGGCGCCAUGCUGGCGGCCUACGCCGCCGCGCUGUGCGCGCCGCCCGACGGGCCCCGCCCCGACCAGAUCGCGGUGCUGCCGGAGGGCGGCGCCAUGCCCGGCGCCCUGCUGGGCUCUGCGCGCCUGGUCCGCUGGCUGGCUGGGGAGCUGGGCGCCGCGCCGCGCGACCUGGUGCUGGACUGCGGCACCGGCGCCACGGCCGCGGGCCUGGCGCUGGGCGUGGCGCUGCUGGGCCUGCCCUGGCGCGUGGUGGGCGUGGAGGUGGGCGGGCCGCCGGGCGAGGCGGCGCGCACCGCCACCGGUCUGCUGAACGAGGCGGUCGCGGAGUAUGACCUCAACCCGGGCGUGCCCGACGCAGCGCAGGCCGCGCUGCGCUGGGUCCCGCGCGGCCACCCGCGCCGCUUCGGCCGCACGCUGCCGGGCGACGGCGCCGCCGUGCGCGCGGUGGCCGCCGCCACGGGCGUCGUGCUGGACCCCAUCUGGACGCUGGCCGCCUGGGAGGCGGCGGCGGCGCGGGCGGCAGCGGCGACUGUGGGGCCGGCGCCGCGCCAGCUCAUGCUGCACACGGGCGGGGGGCUGGCGCUGUGCGGCGCGGCCCAGCGCUGGCCGGAACAGUACUAG